GCGUUACAGAUUUAGAUAAUGGCUUUCCAGUUGGAUGAUCUGUUGAAAGACGACAAAAAGGACGCGAAUUUGAUUCCCGAUUUGAGCAAAGCGACUUGCAACUCUCGCGAGGAGUUUCAGCGACUCAAGGAAUACUGUCCGGAAUUUAAAAUCAAACCGGAAAAGGUGAAAAGAGAAGACACGAAAGUCCGCGACAAAGAGUUUUCCAAGAAAGCAACCAAGAAAGAGCUCGAAGCUAUCAACAGAGAAUGGGCUUACGGGAAUCCGGUUCCGCCGGACAUGAGAGGAUUGGAUUUGCAGGCGUUGCAACAAGUCGCCAUCGAUUGGCGAAUGUUGACUCCCAUCAGACCGAAACUUCGUCAGGAUGAAGAAAUGUUCUCGAGAUUGGUGGAAAUGGGCAAAUUGGAAAGGAAAACCAUAAUGAAAGAACGACGUUCACCGAUAAGCCCGAUUAGACGGAGCAAGAAUCGCGCGCAAGAAAUCGAAAGCAGCGUGAAGACGUGCAAAGAGUGCGGCGAGGAAUAUUGCUUCGGCGAGUUCUGCGGAGACGUGCUUUACGAUUCGUACGAGAGAGUGACGGUUGCCAUUCAGCAACCGAAAAUCAAAGUGUCAGCCGAUACCGAAGCGAUAAUCGCGAAUAUGGAUCGUAAGAAGAAGAAAAAGAAGAAGGUGGGAAAGAAGAGGAUCAAGAUCAAAACGUCUAGAAAAUCCGCGAGACUGCUGGUCAACAGCAAGACGAGAAGAUCGAUAACGGAUCUUGAAGCUAAGAAUGUGAAAGCGAAAGAUAACGCGGGAGGACAAAGUGAGAAGCCGGUGAAACAAUUCAAAAGAAAAUGUAGCAAGUACGCGAAGAAAGGCCAUUUGCGCAAGUAAUGUUAUAAUCACGGUUGAAGAACUCUCGUGGGAAAUUUGUAAAAAUUGCACGUGCUAUAAAAAAAAAAAGUACAUUAUAUAUGCAUACAUAUCUAGACGUAUGUACCUUGCUUUUGCGUAAAAUUAUUAUCGGAAGAUAUAUAUAUAUAAGCAGUUAUUCGUAACUUAUGUAUUACAAUAUAUGAGGAAAAAAAUUACUUAAGUUUAAAAAAACAUAUAAAUCUUUGCAAACGUGUAUAAGUUUAAAAACGUAUAAAUCUUCGAUAAUUUACUUAUCUUUCGAGAGAUAUAUACUUGGAUAAAUCAUUAUAAAUAUAAAUAGCUUAAGAGAGAGAGAACGUACAAACAAUUUAUAUUUCCGAUAUAAUAUAAAAUUAUAAUAACAACAAAAUCGAAACGCUCGACGAAUAAAAAAAAAAGAAUUUCCUAAAUUCUUUACGUGAACAUUGUAUUAUUCGUUUAUACUCUGUGGUCUCUCGAUGUGACAAAGUCGUUAAAAACUAUCGAAAAACGCACGGGAAGAAAAAAAUACAUUUCUCUUUGAACGACAAACGAGUUUGUACCAAACACAAGUGUGUAUGUACAUAUGUAAAAAAAAAGUUGGACGCAGUAAAUGCUCUCACACAAUUAAAUGCUGGAAAAAUAUAACUUUUAUUCAGUUUAUCUGUCUUCUUCUUUUCUGUCUCUUUCUACACCUUGUCUUACAAGAGACUUGCCUCUCCGCACAAAUUGUUCUCCGCAAAUAUCACAACCAAAAAGCAUUUUUCUGCGAGAAAUUUUCUGUUCUCCGAGCGAGACGAGUGGGAAAAUAGUAAAUAUUUACGUAUUGUACAUAUUUUCUCUUGUAUGUCACAAAUAUAUAUAUGUGUAUAUAUAUAUAUAUAUAUGAAUAUAUAUAUAUAUAUAUAUAUGUGUAGAAUAUCUCUCACACAUAUAUGCGCAGAAUACAAUUUAAAUUCGCGAAGAAGCGCGCAAUUUGCAGAAACAGAAUAUUUCUCGUCACUUAUAUCUUUUUCCGCAUUGGUUUCGAACGUUCGUAUCUCCGUUCGUAUAUUCUCUUGGUUUUCUCUUAAAAUUAACGUUUACGAUUAAGCUCUAACAAUAAAAUUUUAAGUUAAUCGGAAUACACGCAUUUUACACGUAUAUAAUAUAUAUAUAUAUAUGUUGUUGUAUAUAAUAAUAAUAAUAAUAUAAGUUAUUUUAUAAUAUAUCGUGAAUUGUUCUUCUUUAAUAUUAAUUUGUCACACGCUUUUGUGGUCGCAACAACCCUUUAGUGAAUAAAAUAAAUUAUACAUACAUAUGUAUCACCUAUAUAUAUAAUCAAUGUAUAUCUAUACUUUCGCGACAUCGUGCUGUGUCGCGCUCUUCGUCUCCUUAUCUUAUCUUUACGUUACCGUUCGAUAUUUCGAAUGCGAUCAGAGUCCUCGUGUGCGUUGUACAGUAAAAAAAAAAAAAAAAA